AGCAGAGUUCUAGUGUUAAUAGAAAGCCCAAGAAACACAACCGUUAUACAGGAAAUUUGUUCACCCUGUUAGGACCGAAGAGAAUAUAUUAAUCCACUGGACACAUAUUUAUAAUACACAUACAUAUAAUGGACCAUACGAUCCUCUUAAAAACAGAAAGGAGAGAGGACCAUAUAAAUAGGAAAUAAUAUUAAUAUAUAAAGGACCGAACGUCAGUAACACUAUUUAAAAAAAAUAAAUCUGGCGAUUGUACUAGAUGUAUUUCCCGUAGAGCAAUCGUCGCCCCGGAUGAGAGUUUACUCGCCGGGCGUUCGACGGCUGGACCGUCGACGCGUUUAUUUGUACCUGUGAUAAUCUACCUGCAAAAGACGAGUUUUAUUGGCGACUCUUUUACGACGUGACUGAUAUUUGUUUUCGUUGCACCAAAGUGAGAUUAUUUCUUUUAUUUAGCAAACAUGCACAUGGAAGAGAUCGUUGCCCAAAGGGCUGUCGAACAAACAGGCUUUGGCAAGUUCAAUCUCAAAAUAGUAGGAGUCUGCGCCUUAAUUUACUUGAAUGCUGCCUUCUGCAUUACAAGCGUCGGCUUCGUCGUGCCCACCGCUGCCUGUGAUUUUAAAAUGACGACCAUUGACAAAGGCCGAAUUAAUGCUGCUCCUAUGCUGGGUAUGGUUGUUGGCACAGGCAUCUGGGGCUACUUGGCGAAUAUCAAGGGUCGUCGCACUUCUCUCCUAUUAACCACCAGUCUUCAAUUUAUCGCUGACGCAUUGUGUUCUAUUGUGCCUAAUUAUUGGAUAUUCGUAUUCCUUAAGUUUCUAAGCGGUAUUGGUGUUUGUGGCCAGCUGUCCAUAGUAUUCCCAUAUCUUGGUGAAUUUCAGCCCACACGAUACAGACAUCGAAUACUAUCAGGAAUGGAAGGAUCAUGGGCAAUUGGUGUAAUCGCCGUGGCACUUUUCGCUUGGGCGGUUAUACCCAUACCCUACGCCUACAAAACUUCGAGCUUUUUCUUCAGCUCGUGGAACCUAUUCGUUUUGGCGAGCGCGAUGCCUGCUCUUAUAACUUUCCUCUGGCUUUUGACGCUGCCUGAAACGCCCAAAUUUCUCGCUGAAACGGGUCAGCGAGAAAUACUGCUGAAGGUUCUAACGAGGAUGUUCGUUGAAAACACCGGUGAAUGUGCCGAAAAGUUCAAAGAAAUUCUCGCUCGUAGCGAUUGUCCGACAAUCAGCAGUUUGAUAAGCCAGACGGAGUCGAUAAAUUUGGACAAGUGCUCGGAUAAGCGGCCGACAAAGUUGGAGAAACUAAAAGAGAUGAUAAACAAUUCAAAGACUCAAGUGAAGACUUUGCUCGAGAAACCUUACGGCAAACGUCUCUUUGUCACUGGAUCUGUUAUGUUCUGCAUGACCUCAACUUAUUACUCGCUCAUGACUUGGUUUCCCGAGCUAUUCCAGAGAUUCGCUGCCUUUGAAAGCAGAUAUCCCGGCGAGUUUGCCAGUGUUUGUACUAUUUCUGGCAAACUGAUUGCCACUAAUGAGUCCGUGGAUGUUAACGAAACAAACCCCUACGGAUGCAACGUCCCGAUGGACACAAGUGUAUACGUGAAUAGCAUUUGGUUAGGCGUCGCUUGUCUUCCGGGAGCAGUACUCCUACCACUUACGGUCGAUCAUCUCGGCUAUCGCGUUUACAUGUUGUUCACAGCAACAAUCUCUUGCGCAGUGACGAUUGCCUUUUUCUUCGUGAAAACAUCAACGCAGAAUCUCAUACUUUCCUGCAUAUUCGAGGCAUUCACCUCGCUGAAUAUUAGUGUCACAUUCUGUUUACUCGUCGAGCUUUUCCCAACAAAUCUCAGGGUAAUGGCCACGGCAAUCACACUGUUCAUCGGUCGAUGUGGUUCACUCUUCGGCAAUAUGCUAUUUGGUUAUCUCAUCGACAAGUACUGUAUGGAACUCAUCAUUGUUAUGGGCGCUGAACUCUUUCUGGCCGCAGGUAUGUGCUGGGCUACGCCAGGCAGAGACAAAAUGAGAAAGCUUGCCGGAUUCACAAUUAAAAACAAGGCUUCCAGUCCCUCAUGACGAAAGAAAUAACCAAUGGAUUUCAAAAAUAUGUUAACUCUGAAAACACACGAAUGAGAAAAAAGAAAGAAAAGUAUAUUUGCAGACUUCAUUUGUGCAGAAUAGAUCUACUUGAGAUUCACAAAAGAUUUCACGUUUACUUGUACUGUAGAGAACUUAUUACUUAAGUCAUACUUAAGUACUGAUUUUCUUUUUAUAUACGAUCUUUCCUUUUUUAUGUGACUUAUAACUUGUGCAUUUGUAUUUCUUACUUUAUUCCAGUUUAUCCAUGUAUAUAUUAAUAGAAUUACAACUAGUUACUUUGUUUUUUACGUAAUAUUAUUAUUCGUUCUUUUUUAAGAAAAGCUUCGAUGAUUUUAAGUAUGAUUACCGGCCGUUACAGAGAAGACGACGGCGAACUCGGAAGUGACACUACUCUCUUUCUCUUUCUUUCUUUCUUUCUAAGUUUUCCAUGAAUAAUCAUGUUAACUGAGAGAGAAUCUUGUAAAAUAAAUGAACAAGCAA